ACGUGGAAGCUUGCAUCCUGAAAUUGGAAACCAAAAUUGCCAACAUAUCGAAUUUUAAACCGAUUUUAACUUGUCGAGUUUCGGAUUGAAUAAAACUUGACUGAUGUGGAUAUAACUAUGAGGACUAGCGUAGAAAAUUUGGCAUUAAAUUGUGGAGUUAACAUCCAGAAAUUUAACGAAGUGUUAUAAUGCUCAUUCCUGUGAAGCGUCAGGGUGCAUUACACUGAGUGAAAUUAGUUUUUGAGGUUUGUAUAACUCGUAUUUACCUUGGACGCAAGAAAGUAACUGACGAAGCCAAAAGUUGUAACAGUGUUCCAUUUCCAUAUGAAAGAACAGUGUGUGGAAAACGCUGGUUAACUGUUUGAGUUGUCGAAAUAUAGGUUAUGUUAAGAAGGAUUGUUUUCUGAAUAAUGGAGGUCUGAGACAUUUUACAGCCUACAAAGCAUUUAUAUGAGGUUGCCAGACUGGAAGUAUGUUUUUCAUCCUAUAAGUGAAGAGUGCCGUUAUUUUACUGUGAAAUAAUGAUUUCACAAGAAUAAUUUUGGAGAGACUGUAUAAUUAUAAAUAAAUGAUUCAGUGAAAUAUACUAGAAGAUCAGAAUUUUUGGGUGUUAUGGAGACUAGCAUCAUUCCUUCAGCUGAGAAGAUGAGAGUUGCAGACAAUAAAACACAAGCAGAAGAUGGACUAGAAUUAAUUAAGAAAGUUAUAAAUCUUAAUAGUGAACAAAGGAAAUUGGUUAACAAACUUCUUGAUGCCAGUGUUCAGUGUAAAGAUAUAAUUGAUAUAGUGUUGUCUUCAACAAACCCCAUGUUAGAUUUACUGCAGAAAGUAGUAAGGGCCGACACUGAAGAAUUGAACGUACUAAGAAAGAUAACAGAGCUUAAUCGCAAUGAGUUGGAGCUAUCCAGAAAGUUUAUAUUCCUUUGUAAUAGAGAAAAACAUUUUAUUUGUAAAUUUGUGGAUUGGUAUCUCAGAGAUCAAAGUUUAGAUUUGCCUUGUUCGUGUUCACCAUUAAAGGAAGUUGAUGCUGUUGAAGAUAAUGCAGGACAUCUAAGGACUGUGGUUUCAAGUUACGCAUCACAACAAUGUGAGAAUAGUGAAAAGGUUGUGACAUGUGAAACUAACCAGGGUGACUCCAGAGGAGAACUGGACAAUUCUUGCAGUGAAAAACAGUUUUUUCUGACAGAGGGCGGUACAGGAAACAGAAAUAUUGCCAAAAAAGUUCAACUUACUGAAAGGUGUGGAAGUUCAGUGGAAUGUAGGACUGAAAAGGAAGCUCAGCUAGUGAAACCUGCCAUGACAGAACAGAAACUGAUGUGUCAUAAGCAUCUAAUCUCACAUAGUAAUCAGUUUUCUAGAGAUAUGUAUGGAAAACCUGUAUCACAUGUUGAACAAAAUGAUGGAGGUUUUCAGCUGAAAGGUGCAAAACAAGUAGGUGAUGAAGGACAUGAAGGGAGCUGUAGUUCAGCAGUAAGUACACUAUGCAACACCUCAAAGACACAGAAUAGAACAACAGUACAUAUAGAGAUGUUGCUAAAUAAAAAUUCUGUUUCACCAGUGAAUGAAAAUAUGGAGGUAGAACAAGAGCAAACAUUGGUAGGUGAAACUCUUGUGUUAACAACAGGAAACAUGGAUAAAAAAGUACAUGAACCAGAAAGACAUUUUUGCCUGCCUGACAUAAACAAAAAAUCAUUGCAAAGGAAUGAAACAGAUAUAAAUGCCUCUCCUUUGUCAGCUGUAAAAAGUACUGAAAUACCAUCACAAAAUGAAAUAGGGGAUGAUUUUCUUUCCCAGGCAGAGGGUAGAAUAGAAAGUCAACAUGAUGUAUCAUGCGAGGAACAUGACAGAACUGUUUACCAUAAGGGAACAGAGGGUGGCAGUUGUGUUUUGGUAGCUGGUGAAAAUCUGAAUACAGUAUUGGGAGGUGAAGUACAUAAAGUUUGUUCUGCUCUGUCUGAAAAGGAAAGCAUGGAAAUAAUCUCUGAUAUGCAUGAUUCUGAUUUGAUGACAAAGAGACUUACAAACUCAUUGCCAGAGAACAGGUGUUCUGUUCAGUCAGAAAUUGAAAUUGAGAAUACAGAUUCAAAUUUCAGUGGACAGGAAUUCCUCCUUCAUGAGUCAAAGGUGGAAAAAAGUAAAAGAACAGUUCUUGAUAACAGUAGGAAAAAAGAUGUCCCAUUUUCUCCUGGAAAUGCAAACAUGAAAAGUGAAAAUUUUAUGACAACAUCAAGGGAUGUAACAAAAAAUGGCAAUGCUCAUCUGUCUGGAAAAGAAAUAAAAAAAAUAUCAGAUACGCAUGAUUCUCUUUCGACAGUAAAGAAAGGCACAAACUCAGCGUCUGUAACAAGUUCUUCUGUUCAGCUGAAUAUUAAUAAUAAGUGUACAAAAUUAAAUGACAGUGGACAGAAAGCUGAUCCUCUUUGUAACAUUACAGAUAAAGAUACUGUAAUUAUACCAGAAGACAUGAAAGUGAACAGUGAAAAUCUGAAGAAAUUGUCAGGGAAUAAGACAGAGAAUGUCAUUGCUCAUCUGUCUGGAAAGGAAAGCAAGAAAAUUAUCACAGACACACAUCAUUCUUUCUUGACAGUGAGAAGUAUUGCAGACUCAGAAUUAGAGGAAAGUUGUUUGGGCCAAAAAGAAAUUGAAAGUGAGGAUGCAGAAUCAAGUGACCAUGGACAGGAACCUCUUCCUCCUCAGAAAAAAUUUAGAAGAGAUAAAAUAAGAGCCCUUGAUGACAGUGUGGUGAAAGAAGUCCUAUUUUCUUCUAAAAAUGUGAAAGUGAACACUGAAAAGCUGAGCACAGUAUCAGGAGACAAAAUAGAGGAAGUUGAUGCUCAUCUGACUGGAAUGGAAAAUAAAAUAUCAGAUCCACAUGAUUCUUUUUUGUGCAGAAAGCAAUGUGCAAACUCGGUAUCAAAGAAAAGUUGCCCUGUUCAGCUGAAAAUUGGAAGAAAAAAUGCACAAUCAAAUGGCUUUGGACAAAAACCUGCUUCUCUUCAGUCAAAAUUGGAAGGAAGCAAAAGAACAUCUCUUGAUAUCAGUACAGAAAAAGAGACAUCAGUUCCUUCAGAAAACAUGAAAGUGACAACUAAAGAUGUGAGGAAAAAAUCAGCUUGUGUGUAUGGAAAAGGAGGCAAGAAAAUGAUCACAGACACACACAGUUAUCUUUCGAGGGUAAAAAAUAUUACAAACUCAGAAUCAGAGAAAAGUUGUGUGGGCAAGAAAGAAAUUGAAAGUAAGGAUGCAAAAUCAAGAAACCAUGUAGAAGAAAAGAUCUCACGUCCUCUUAAAAGUGUUAAAAUGGAGAGUCAAAAUCGGAAAACAAUAUCAGGGAGAGAAACAGAGAAAGUUGGUCGCUAUGUGUUUAGGAAGAAAAAGGAAAAAAGGAUCUCAAAUUAUUUUUUGAGAGAGAGAAGAAAUGGAAACUCAUUAUCAGACAAAACAUGUUUUGUUCAGCCAGAAACUGAAAGUGAAUAUUCACAAUCAAAUUUUAAUAGAGAGGAACCAGUUUAUCCUCAAUUGAAAUUGAAAGAUACAAAAAGUGCAGUUCUUGAUAAGAGGACAGAAAUUUAUCAGGAAAUAAAGAGAAAAGGCAUCAACCCUUCUGUUAUUUUGGAAAGUAAAUUUGAAGAGGAGGGUAGUGUAGUUGCAGAUCAUUCAUCAACAGAGGAAGCUGAUGUAUUGCAACCAGGUUCCAAACAAAGUAUCCAGCCAACAGAGGAGAUGAAAUUAAAUGAUGAUAUAAAACAUGAAAAAAUGCAAUUAUGUAUGAAGAAAAUGGGAUUCCUUGUGGAAGGGAAAAACAUGUUUAACAUAGCCACCUCGAUGACCCAGUUACUGAAUAGAGAAGACAAGAAAAUUUCUCCUAUAUUGAUGAGGAAGACGCAACAUUUCUUUGAUGAAGCCAGAACCAUUUAUUCAUCACUGGAAAAGUACCUACAUAAGUUCCAAUGUGACAAGAAGAAAAAGACACAUGAAAAACUGUCAAAUUGUGCUUCUCGAAUGCUACAGUGCCUGCUGAAGCUCCAGCAUACUAUUUCACUGAGAGAUAACAAGAUAGGAAUGAAUAUGAAGGAGGUCAUUGUGCAUAUCACACAUGUGAUGGAUGUGAUAGGAGAAGUUGUUACAAUUGCCACUGAGGAGCCUGACACCAAACUGCUUGAAGGGUUUGUGCUAAAUGACUGCUAUAUAAAAUUGGAGGACAUAGCACAUAUGCUAAAGGGCAAGAAAACUGUAAAUUUGAAACACAUGAAAGAGUCUCAAGAAAAUAGAAUGACACGGAGCCUCACUGAUAAUAUAACAUUAGAUUGUAAUGACUGUGGCUUCAGGGAAUUCGGUGAUGCAUUAUUAAAGAUGAAGAGGAAGAGAGACACACUACGCAGGUGUUAUGGAAAUAAUAUGAAGAAGAGGAGGACAAAGACCUCUGAAGAUAAUGUCUUUAAGGUGUUUCAAGGGCAUAAACCAGUUGAAUAUGAAGCUAUUGAGAUUAGUAUUCCUGCAGAUGAUGAACAGUUUCAGAUUUUCAGUGGAUGGGAUCAGGAUUCCGCUAAUUAUGAACUUAUUCAGUCUUCCAUUAGAAGGAUUAAAGUUUUAUCAAGUCAUGUACCAAAGGAGAUUUCAGAAGGGGUUCAGGCUCCUGUAAGCUACGCACUUGCAGAGUUUUCAACAAACAAACCCCAGGCCUCUGUAUAUGAGGAAUCAGGACAGCAUUCAACUAAUAUAUUUCAGAUCCCAGUAAAUAAUGAACAGACAGAGAUAUUUACUGAUGAAUCUCUGGUAAACAUCAAACAAGAAAUUACAGAUUUUGAAACAAGUCCAAUUACUUCAAGUGGUGAGGGCGUAUAUAUUUAUGAAGAAACCUUUACAAAUUGGCAGGAUAUUGUUGUGAAGGAAGAGAUGACAAUUGAGCCACAUCCUGACCAGGAAAUGAUACGCUUAGCAUCGAGUAUUAGUACUGCUGACAGUGGAUACCAGAAUUUGAAUACUGAUGAGAUGAGUAUUGUAGUGCUUGGCUGUAAUGAAGGUGUACCUGACCAAACUCAGUUCACUAGUGGUCAUGAACAUAAUGUUUCAGAAUUUCAGAGUCAAGAACUUAGGCACACUGAAAGAGGUUCUGAUCACAGUGUUGAAAGUAUAAGCUCUGAAUUUGUGGGAACACUGAUGUCAAAUGAAGACACUGCUGGUGAAUUUGUUGAACAGACAGGCAGUAUGACACUUGGAAUGAUACCACAGAGUAGUGGGAAAACUGAUAUAAUGCUGAGGAGGCCCUGGUUUGGGACAGCAAAGGAAGAUGUAAAUGAGAUGGCGAACUCUUCAGGCUUUCAUCAGCAACCCAUUACUGUUGAACGAGUAGAAAGUUUAAAAUGGACACAGUAUACCACUGGCAUUGAUCAUCCAUACUCAUGUGAGGUAGAGGAGUCACCUUCCAAGAAAGGUAGUUUAUACAUCUGUGACAUAUGCGCAAAAGUCGUCCAUUCUCUUUCGAAUAUCAGCAGCCAUAUGAAAUCACAUUUUAAGUGCUCACCUUUCACAUGUAAUUAUUGUGGUACACUGAUUUCCAGUUUUCUGAAUUGGGUAAAACACAGGCGAAAUUGUGUGUCAGCAAAGGAAUGAAAUAAUGUUAGUCCUGAGUGACAGAAAUUGGAAUCCUGAUUUGGAGUUGUCAGUUAUGAAUAUGCAAAUGCAAAUAAAUGUGGUAUAUUGUAAUA